AUGAAAGAUCCGUCGGACACUAAUCAGCCACAAGAUGCUAUUAUUACAGUUUUGAAGACAGUCUGGGACAAGGGGUAUAAUAAAGUAGUCAUUGAAACGGAUUCUAAAGUUAGUUUAAAGCUUAUUGACGGGGAUCCAAAUGAGAGCCCGCUCUUGGCGCAGAUCAACCAAAUUAGAGGGUUAAAGGAGCGACGAUGGGAAUGUGAGGUGAUACACCAGUGGAGGGAAGGUAAUCUGUGUGCAGAUUGGUUAACCAAGAGAAGCUUGAGUUUGGAGCCGGGAGUUCUGAAGAUUGUGUCCCCACCUGAGGAGUUGAGGAAGUGGUUAGCAUAUGAUGUAGUGGCCUAG